AUGGCAGGUGAAGAAGCUGCAGUUUCAACUGAGGCAGCGCCAGCAGCAGCGCCUGCUCCAGCUCCAGCCCUUGGUGAGCCUAUGGAUGUUACAACUGCUCUGCAGCUUGUGCUGAGAAAAUCACUGGCUCAUGGCGGUCUUGUUCGAGGUCUUCACGAAGCUGCAAAAGUGAUUGAGAAGCAUGCUGCCCAGCUCUGCGUGCUGGCAGAGGACUGUGAUCAGCAAGACUAUGUUAAACUGGUGAAAGCUCUUUGUGCUGACCACAACGUAAACAUGCUGACCGUUCCCAGUGCCAAGACCCUAGGAGAGUGGGCUGGUCUGUGCAAGAUUGAUUCCGAGGGAAAGGCUAGGAAGGUCGUUGGUUGUUCUUGUGUGGUUGUGAAGGAUUUUGGGGAGGAUCACGAAGGUCUUCAUGUUGUUCAGCAGCAUGUGAAGGCCCAAUAA